AUGUCGCAAUAUAUCGCAGCCCACGCCGACCCUCAUGGCCCGGGAGAUGCCCGCCCAACCGCUCUCCAAAUCACCGAAGAUGAAGAUAUGAAAGACAAGCUCGCAGGAAAAGUAGCCGUCAUCACCGGCGUCUCAUCCGGCAUUGGUAUUGAAACAGUCCGCGCUCUCGGCUCCCUCGAAGGUGUUCGCAAAGCGGCAAAGAACAUCCUUUCUAAGACGGAUAAAGUGAACAUCCUGAUCAACAAUGCCGGCAUCAUGGCCGUUCCCAAUCUCCAGUACACGAGCGAUGGCUUUGAACUGCACCCUGCACUGUUGGCUGCUACCUCGCCGGAGUUCCAGUCUCGGGUUGUAAAUGUGGCAUCUGCGGGACACCAGCUGUGUGGGAUCAAUUCAUCUGACAACUACCACUUCCAAAAGGGCGGAUAUGAGGCUUGGGCUGCUUAUAGUCAGUCAAAGACGGCGAAUAUAUACAUGGCCAAUGAGAUUGAGCGCCGCUUUGAAUCACGGGGAAUCCAUGCCCUGAGUCUGAAUCCUGGGUUCAUUGCUACUGGUUUGGGCCAGUUCCUUUCUGCAGAGCAGAUUGGUCAGUUGCUACAAAACAAGGAGACGAUGAAGAUCAUGAAAAGCCUUGAGCAAGGUGCUGCGACAACGGUGUGGGCUGCCAUCGGGAAGGAAUGGGAGGGGAGAGGUGGGAAGUAUCUCUCUGAUUGUGCUGAAGCGAAGCGCGCCACCGAUGACAACGAUCCCAGUAACGAGGUCUAUGUGAGCCACACCUACAACUCCAAGGAUGAGGCUAGACUGUGGAAGGAUUCGCUGGAGAUGGUUGGCUUUUCAGAUGAGUGA